AUGGGAGGAUCGUUGAGAAAGAAAUUAACAGCUCCUGAAAAAGUGGGCAAUGAAGUGUAUGACUUCUUACUCAAGGCAAGCCCAAGCUGUGAUGAGAUGCUAAAAGUUUGUACCUUCCAGGGCCACCCGUUCAACUGCUGUGAAGCUUUUGAACCUGUAAUGACGGAUUUUGGUUUGUGCUACUCUUUUAACAAACUGCCAUCUGAAAUAAUUUUUACAGAAUCAACGCACAAGCCAUAUCCUGGCAGGAAGUAUCCUCCUGGAGCAGUAUUCUGGAACCCUGAUGAUGGCUACCCAGUUGAUGACAAGACUCGCUAUCUAAAUAAAGAGAAAGUGUUCCCUGUCUGGUCUCAGGUUUCUGGUGAAAACACCGGUUUGGGAGUUGAGCUUUACCAGAACAAAUCAGAUUGGCAAAGACUCUGUACUGGAGGAUACACUGGAUUUCAGGUUAAGCUUACAAAUGCAGCGAACUUUCCAGUCUUCACCAAAGUUGAUGAGCGUCUCGCUCUGAACAGAGAGACUAGUUUGAUGCUGACUCCGCUACUGCUCGGCUCGCAUCCAGAACUGGCUAACAUACCAACACGAAUCCGAUCCUGCUACUUUACCGAUGAGAAGCAACUGCACUUCUUCAAGACGUAUACUUACGAGAACUGUAACUUUGAGUGUACCACUCUCUUCACAAUCAAUGAGUGUAACUGUGUACCCAUCGAGUACAUGCGUCAGUUUGUUAUCCUCGAUUCUCAGUAG